AUGGAUGAUCGGAGGAUCCGGGUUUCCUUCUCCGACCCUGACGCAACCGAUUCCGACUCCGGCGACGAUCCAACUUCCGGCGCCCGUGCAACCACGAAAUCAGCCGGCAAGACCGAGAUCGUAAUCUUGUACGGCAAUAGCAGCACCAGCGCCAUGAAGAACCCUGUUGCUGGGUGUAGUCGAUCGAAUGCAGUAGGGUCGUCGUCAGCGUUGGCUGCUCCGGCGAGCAUUGGGAAGCGCGCCUUCAUGUCGGCCCCGACGAGGCGGUAUCGCGGCGUGUACGAGCGGCAGCCCGGCCGGUGGGCGGCGGAGUUCCGGAGCCACCGGCUCAAGGUCCGGCACUGGGUCGGCACGUUCGCCACCGAGGAGGAGGCCAAGGCUGCCUACGACGCCAUCGAGAGGGAGUUCAUCUCGUCGCCGCGCUGUGGCCGGCAGCAGCCGGCGUCGGAGCGCGCUGGCAAUGGCGGUGGCGUUCGCAGAGCGUCGCAUCCACCGCCAGAUGACAAUCGACAGAUUGUACUGGCUCUGACGACGGCGACGACUAGGAUGCUUCUGCCGCCGGCGGGUGCGACGACCGUGUCCGUUUCUGUUCCGUCCGCGCCAUGCGUCUCCUCCUCGACCUCGGCGUCGCCGCCGACGCCUUUCCAGGAUGCGCAACUGCACGACGAUGCGCCGCCGAGUGUUCACUCGUUCUGGGCGGACGAGCCUGCCGACGAGGAUCUCGUAGGGCUUGCAGAUCUUGCGCACCUGCCACUGCCAUUGCCCUUCUCGGGUGCCAACAUGGACUUUGAUCCGGCUGAUUUGUCACUGUUUGAUAAUGGAUUCUUGUGA